GUUCGAUACAGUGCACCCUGACCUUGUGCGACGCUGCUGAAAAAGCAGAACUUUCCCUAUCUGCCUAGGAUUGACCCUGUAGGGUUCACGCUUCACCAGUCUUCAAAUAUCACGAGAACGGGCAAUCAGAAUUGAAAUGGUGGCUGCUAGAUUCAGAGGACGCGAUGCAUAUGGGUGUGCGACGUGAACUGAAACCUCGGGGAAUGACGCCAGGUUGUUGGUUCCCGGUGUACCGUAUGGCCAUUACUGCUAGUAUUGGAGUCACUUUCAUCAGUUCAAGUUGUCGGUUGCUCGCUACUUCAUUCUCCGUCCUGCCGACCAAAGUCUCUCUCCCUCGUGCGACCACCACCUCAAAGUUAGCCCUCGCUUCUCUUCACCGUGUCCCCUUCUGUGAAGCGCUCCCGUCAAUAAUUGUCAUGUCUCGCCUGGAGAUGAUCCCGAUCAGCAGGAUGAGAUCCUUACGACGGCUCGACAAGCCCAGACCAGCCAGCCAGCCAUGCCGUUCAUUGUCCCGGUGGCACUCGCGAGGCCGGUCAAAUGAUAGGCUGUCAUGCAAGGUGAUGUGACAGCAUCCUCAACCGAAGCUUACUGGGGAAAUCGACCUUUUACCGCGACGGAUGGGUAAGUAACAGACACGUUUCAAACGGCCUGUCGUGGGUCUGGCCAGACGAAUGCGACCCUUGGUCGAAGAGGAGAAAACCCAAGAAAACGAAGGGGGAAAAG